GCGACGCCACUCCCGCGCACCAAAGUAAGCGCACAGCGCGUUGCAUCAUUGACGCUGUUGUCAACUAGCGGCUUGUCCAGAGUAAUGUAUAAUCCAAUAAUUUUGCGUGUUUUGAAGUUGAUUUUGGAGUAAAAUAACUAGUGAGAAUGUGGCUAACAAUGCACAAGUGUCGUAAGGUUGCUAGCACAAAGUUGGGCUAAUACUACAACAAAUUAAGUUUUAAUUCAAACCCAACAAACGAAUCAACAUUAACCAAAACAGAAAGGCUAGUUUAUAAUGAAAGCCAUGGCACAUGUUGUACACAAAAAUAAACCACGCACAAAAAAAAUUGCACCUAUGAUGCUUUGGAAACCACUUGAAAGCUUAUAACGAUGUAAAAAAAAAUAUUUGCCAGAUUCAUACGUCAGAAAAAAUGUUUGGGAAUAAGCUAAAAGCCUGGAUGGAAGCCGUAAGGCCUAAGAAGAAAAACUAUCGAAGGGACAAACAAGGAACAAAAAUGCCAAUAGCGUCAGAAAACCAAAGGCCUAAUAACAACAGCAACACCAAUCAUAUAGUACCCCGGAAAAGUAAUUGUUUAUUAGAUAAUGAAAAAAAAGAAGUUAGCGCCGAAUCUUCCAAAAAGAAAUAUAGUAGUCAACCUAAUAAACCGUCCGAAAGCCAAAUGCGAUAUUCCGCAACUACCUUAUCUUCCCCAGAAUCUGCAUAUUCUACUGGAUAUAGUACCGAUGGUACCUCACCUGGAGGAGCACCGCCAGAUUAUCCUAUUAAGAAUGUAAAAGCAGGAACCGAAAAACCAUUGGCUCCUAACCCUUUUGGGGUAGCAUCCUCGAGAGCACCUCAAGAUUUUAGCGAUCGGAUAUCUUCACCAGCAGUCGUACCUAAGGAAUGUUUAAAGGGGAAAUGCUAUACAGAAGACACAAAAGUAGAAAAUCCAUUAUCAACAACUCAACCAAUAUUUCUUAGCAAUCCCACCGAACAGUCAGGUCUAUUAUCACCGCGGCAAAGAAAUAGGAUAAGAACUAAUCCAUGGCUACCGGGUGGCGCUAACAGUACUAUAUCUAGCCCCUUGCCUAUUAGGCAGGAGACUAAAGUGACGCCUGUGGCUUACCGAAAUAUUAAAAGUCCCAUUAAUGAUACUUGUAGAUAUAUUAGAUCCACAAAUCAUCGUAAGUCGAUCUCCUCCUCUUCAUGCUCCUCACUCAGCGCAGGUUUAAAUCAAUCAUUUGAACAUCGAUUUUCUAAAUCCCUUAGUGAUGAUGAGGACUACACAUUAAAUGAAAUGAUGGGAAAAUAUGAUGAAAGCUAUAUCUAUGAGAAAGAAACAGACAUAUUGAGCGAUAGCAAUCCCACCGACUGUGAGAGUGAUAUUGACACGGGACAAGAUGGUGGUGAUGAAGAAGAUGAUGGAGAUGAAGAAUUUGAUUUUAUCGAUAACGGUUCCUAUGUAGAAAUAAAUAACAAAAUCCAUAAUGCUGGGCAUUGUAUGUAUAUACUUCCAGAGAUACAAAGAAAACGCUCCUCUAGGAGGCGUAUGCUGAGAAAGGGAAAAGAGCAAAGUGAGAAAAGAAGAAAAUCUUCGAAUAAGAAGCAGAAGCAUGUGCUUGAAAGAUCAAGGUACUCUCAUUCAUAUCAGGAUGGAUCAAAAAGUGCAGGGGCUACUCCCCUCGUAAUUCGACGUUCAAGUCUUAAAACAAGCCAUCAAAAUGAACAAGAAGAGUUUUACAAGCAACGUUCUAACUCAGUAUGUCUUCAAAAAAAUAUAACGACAGUUCUUAUAGAUAAACGCGAUAGAGAAGCUGAUAUGAAAUACAAGGAACUAAUAGGUCAAGCCAAACAAAUCAUACGAACAAUGAAUAUUAACGGCCUAUCACCGAGACGACUUCCAGGUCUUGCCAACAAGAGGGUAGAACUACUUCGAGUUACCGAAUGUGCCAAAUCAGAACUGGGCUCUAUAAAUAAACAAAAUGAAUCGAUCUCGAUUCCACCAAAUUCUAAUGCACCUCCGUCCAAUAUUACUUUUAGAAAUACUCGAUUUAGUCCUAGAAAGAAUCACAUCACAAACUUUAUUAUUAAUAAUUCUCCUGUAUUACUUAAAAAAGAGCUUCAUACUCAGUCGUCGCCUAUGAGCCGUCGAAAAGUUUUUCCAGAAAAUCAUUCACCACUACCAACACGGAGGUUGGGAGACGAUCUAGCCGUACCUCCUUCUUAUCUUGGGAAACAAAAUUCAAAGGAACAUUUUGAUGGAGUUGGGUCACCUUUUAACUCUAGGCGAAGUCACAAACCUAGAGGUAUUUUACAGCCAGCUUCCACUGGAUUAUUCACCCAUAGGCAUAGGAGAGAAACGGAGCUUCCAGUCGAUAGCAGCAGUUCUGACGAAGAGGGAUUUCAUAAAUUCAAAAAAAGUCUCUCAAAAAGCUGUCCCCAAAGUGAGCCAAUGAAAAGAAAAGUUUAUUUUGUAAACAAUUCAGUAAACGCGCAAAAAAAUCAUGGUAAAACAGUGGGAUUCAAUUUAAACGAAGAAGUAGGCUAUAAAAAUACGUCAGAUAGUUCUGAAAAUUUGAGACAUCAAGUUCUGUUAAAUACUAUACAAAGCUUGAAAAGAAAUUUGGAGAAUCAUUCUGCUUCUUUACAGCAAGUUUAUAACAGUAGUCAAAGUAUUUAUAAUAAACACUAAAUAAUUGUAUAGAAAUGGAAGGUCAUGAUAAGAUUUAAAAUCUUUAUGACGUUUCAACCUUAGAUAUAUAGCUUGGCAAGAAGCAAGAAACGGAACAGUAAAUAAUGUAAUCUUAAAAAUCUGGUUUAUCUUGGUAUUAAGCUAAUAAAGAAAUUGCUAGUUAUUAAGAUCUACAAAUCUUAAAAAUAAUAAUGGUUUUCAUAUGAAAAGAAAAAGAUAUUUUUAAAAUUUUUGAAAAUAUUUAUAUUCAAAACACCUAUAGGUUUCUAUGCAAAAUUUUCAAGAUUAUCUGGGAAUAAUAAAGUAAGCGCAGCCCAAUUCUUGAAAUGUUUAAUCAGCUUCCUAGGAUAUAAGUAAAACCAGAACUAUUAACAUUCAUUAAUAAUACUACAAUUAAUAAUUUUAAUCAGUUUCUUUCUUCAUUUGGACAAGAUGGUUCAGGUAGAGUAUCUGAUAAGCACAUAACAGUUGAUUAACAGUUUUCAUAGUCGAGAGUCAAAUAAAUCUUUCUUAUAAAAUACACACUGCAUAAAAUAUAGUAUAUUUAAAAAAAUGCAUAUAUGUGGUGAGAUAAAUAAUAAUAUAGUUCAUGCCAAAUAAAAUUUGAUAAACUUCACGUGUAACAUAUUUUUGUUGUCGAUCAUAUACAUUUACGGCGCGAAAAACUGACCAUAUAAAUUAAAAUUUCUCAUCCCUGAUGUGUUGGAAACGAAUGUUGUAUUGCUCUGUGUUUACCAAGUUUGAUUUUUUUAUUUGUAGUCUGUCAUUUAAGUAAAAUCCCGAUUUUUUUAAGCAUUUUUAACGUAAAUAUGUGUUUAAAGUAGAUUAUCUAUUCACCCAUGAUAAUGUAGUUUUUACCUGCAGAAUACUUUGAUUAAAAAGUAAUAACAAAACAAAAUUUAGGACCAACCUCGUGAUAAGUGAAGGCUUACCGCUGAAUGGUAGUAGUUUAAGGCAAAUCAGCUUAUACCGGGUGGUGCGUCGCCGAGCGGAACAUAGGAAAUCCCAUGUAAAUUUUAAGGGGGU